UACAGGCUAGUGCAGCUCCGCAUCAGCUAAAACUGGCACCAAUUUCUGGGCAAAUAGAUCAGAAAAUUGCAAACUGCAUUUCUGUGCAUCUGUGGAAUCGCUGAAAGCAGAUCAAACAGAUCGCCUGACUUAAACCUAAAAAUUCCCAGAGCUCAUCAUCUAUCUAACUCUCUCCCUCUCCCCCCUCUCUCCCUCCUCAUUCUCUCUCUCCUACAGAGACCCAGCCGGUCCGGCUGUCCUCCCUGCUGCCAUGGCCGCGGAGGCUGCCGGUAGGAAUGAUGCCACGCGUGGACCUGCAAACAGCACAGAGAUGGAGGUGCGGCUGAAGGAGGGAAAAAUGAAGGCUGAUCUGGAGGCGCCUCUGCCGGCUGGACAGGAAGACUUUGCGAUCCGGUGUCGAGAUGUGUGCCGAUCGUAUGGCAAACUGAAGGUCCUCAACAACCUGAACCUGGCUGUGCCACAGGGACAAAUUUAUGGCCUUUUGGGGCCCAGUGGAUGUGGGAAGACCACACUUCUCAAAUGCAUUGUGGGAACUUUGAAAAUCUCACGAGGUCACAUCACUGUGCUAGGGAAGCCGCCUGCGUUUCCUGGCCACGAUAUUCCGGGGAAGAAAGUCGGAUACAUGCCACAGGAAUUGGCGUUGUACAAUGAGUUCACCAUUAGCGACACCCUGAUCUUCUUUGGCCGAAUUCACGGCCUGACAUCUAAGGAAACCCAGGCACGCAUGAACUUUCUCAUUGACUUCCUGGAUCUACCUCAGAAGACCAGUCUGGUCCGAAAUCUCAGUGGAGGUCAGCGUCGAAGGGUGUCUCUCGGGGCGGCUCUGCUCCAGAAUCCAGAGCUGCUCAUCCUGGAUGAACCAACAGUGGGAGUAGACCCUGUGCUCAGAUCCAAGAUCUGGCAUCACCUGGUAGAGAUUGUGAAGACGGGAAAAGUCUCUGUUAUUAUCACCACACACUACAUAGAAGAGGCCAGGCAAGCCAAUGUGGUCGGUCUCAUGCGACACGGCCGGUUGCUGGCUGAAGGUCCCCCAGAUGCCGUCAUGAAGCAGCACUGUGCAACAACCCUGGAGCAUGCCUUCCUGCAGCUGUGUGAGACGUCAGACCAGGCCGGCUCUAAACGCGAUUCCAGUUCUCCAGAUGGAACGUUAGACAAAAGCCAGUCAUUUGAGAAUGGGAAGGAUGAGAGUCAGCCAAUUCUUGGAGUCGGAUCUCCACCUGCAGAGGAAAGCCUCAAAUGUUCAGUGGACUGGAAGAUGCGAGCCAGACAUGUGCUGCCCAAGUGGAGGAACAUCGCAGCCCUGAUGAUCAAAACAUUGGUGCGGAUGAAGAGAAUGCCAGGCUCUUUGUGUUUCCAGUUCCUGCUGCCCGUCAUCCAGGUCUCCCUCAUCUGUCUGUGUGUCGGAGGAGAUCCAAAGGGCAUCCAGGUUGCUAUAGUGAACAAUGAGACCUCCCCCUCUGCUUUCAGCCAAUCAUUCCUCUCCUUCCUGGACAACGCGAGUGUGCAGCAGGUGAACUUGUCCCACAAAGAAGCUUUUGAGGGAAUCUAUAAUGGAGAGUACUGGAGUGUAAUCGGCUUUGGCAAGAACUUCACCAGCUACCUGACUAAACGGAUGCUCCAGCGGCAGGUCUCUCAGGAGAUAAUCGAUGGAGGAUCAAUACACGUCUGGCUGGACCAGACAAAUCGGCAAAUUGCCCUCAUGGUGCAGAAGAAACUACACCAGGCCUUCCAGGCAUUUGUGGAUUAUAAGUUGGGUGGCAUGGCAUAUAUGGUUGCCUUACCAAUAAAGUUUGAGGAGCCAAUCUACGGCAGCCAAAACACAGACUUUACUACAUUUGUGACCCCUGGAGCUGUGCUCAGGUCAGUACACUGUGUGCUGGUUAAAAUACUGGGCACCCAUAAAUUGACUGCAACAUUACGUGUGAGCUCUCUGGAGACGAUGCUGGCUCACCUCUUCUCUCAGCUGUUCGUCAUCAGCGUUCAGAUCAUCCUGCUGCUUCUUAUGAUGCUGCUCGUCUUCAAGAACCCUAACGAAGGGUCCUUGGUGCUCGUCAUAAUUCUGAUAGUCCUGCAGGGUGUCACAGGCAUCUCAUUCGGCCUCGUCAUCUCAUCUGCAAUCGACGACGAGCAGAGCGCCAACCAGGCCGCUCUGGGUAUCUUCUACCCCAACCUCAUCCUUAGUGGUAUCAUCUGGCCCGUGGAAUGUAUCCCGUAUCCUCUCCGCUACCUUAGCCUGGUCCUUCCUCAGACCUACGCCUCAGAAGCCCUUCGCUGUAUCAUGUACAGAGGCUGGGGUUUGUCUCGGAUGAUGGUGUGGCGAGGUUUCGCUGUUACCCUGGGCUGGAACACUUUCUUCCUCAUCCUGGCGACAGUCAUCCUGAAGCUGCGGACGUGACAGCCUCACCCCACAGAGCCUCCUUCAGAAUGGGGGGUGGAGCUGUCAAGGAAAGUCCUGAAGUCAACGACUCACCAGGGCCUCCUACAUGUGGAUGGACUGGGGCAACGGCAAGAGGGAAAAGGGAGGGGAGGGGUUCACUGUGGUUUAAUAGUCUGAUGGGUUGAAUGCAUCAGUCGCUCUCCUCCAAAUUAUGUCUCUCUCACACACACUUACAAACAUAGACUCUUGGGGUCCCUCAUCCAGCGGCCUGAACUUGCAGCAGUUGCCUUUGGCCUGUUUAAACGGAAGGGUGAAUUUAGGAUGCUGCACACAGAAAUACACAAGGUAGAAAAUGUACAUGCACAAUAUGUUAUUUAAGUAUCGUGUGUGGUCCUUUAGUUUGUUUCAAUUCUAUCCGUAGCUUCUUUAACUCAACACCAUCUGAAUGGCCAUGCACCAGCUCAGGGUCACGUUUUAUUACUUUUGUUUGGCCUUAGUCUUUAAUGCUACUAAAGAUUUUUCUGUAAUACACUUUAUCUUACAUCAAGUGGAGCAGCCCAUUUUUUGGGGGGUGGGGGGGAAGUGAAUGUAACUGUUUUUUGUCCUUGCAGUAUAUACUGUCUAUCCUGUGUAUAUUUGCAUUAAACAGACAAAUCAGUUCAAGUUUAUAUAAAAAAGAAGAAUCUUAGCACAACAGAAGCUUUUUGUCCACAAGAAAACGUGAAAAUGUUUUCCAAGCAGAGAACCUGAGUGGAGGAUUGUUGCAUAAUGUCGUGGGACUAGUUUUAAAGUGCUGAUUGCAUCAUGUUGUUCAGAAGGUUCUCACCCACAGAAACACCAUCUUCUCUAUCUGCUCGCUUUUGAUGUUUGUGUUCAGCUUUUUGUCCUGUCUGGUUAUGACUUGACAGGAAGUGGUUUCAUCUCACCGUGUUAGAGGUGCUGCAAAAUCGUCACGUAGAGGUGCAUUGUCGUUGUUGACUGUUCAGCCUGAAGGUUUUCUCUUUUUUUUGUGUGCCUGCAUCUCUUUUAGGAGGAGAUUGGUGAUGGGGAAAGUAUUGGUACUGUAUCUGUUUUUUAAUUAUUAUUUCUCUCUACUUUGCUGGACAGAGUGGAGGUUCUUGGACAGAUUUCCUUUCGCUGGUAUAUAGCUGUCCUAAUCCAUACAACUCUAUUUUUUACACAGACAUUUAAUUUGCACAGACUUUUUAUUAAUCUUUCUUUAAGAAUAAUACGGAUUAAAAGCACACAGGAGUAAUGCUGCUUUGAAUUAAACAUGCUAUGGAAAUUAGGGAGGAAAACAAGGGAAGAAAAAUCAAAUGAAAAUGCAGAAAUAAGGUGUUUAUAGUCAGAAAGCUUGGUUUUCCUUCCUUUUUUAUGUAGAAGUAAACUGCAAUGAAGAAAUUUUAAUUUUGACUUUGGGGGUGCUUUGACAUCCUACAACAGAUACCACUCUUUGUUUUGUGGGGUAUGUUUCCAAUUAGAGGUUAGAAUAAACAAUGAGAAAAACAAUUUUAAAACAAGACAUGCCUAUAUCUCACAGGUUGUUUAUUUUUCUGUCUUAAAUCUACAUCAUAGGUGCAUCAUAACCAGAAACCAUGCACAAUAACCUGAUGUGCACCUCCCCAGCAAUGUGAUUAUAUGUCACGCUGAUGCAAGCGCAGGUGUAAAUGCUGGCAACCAUGUCAGCCACUUGUGUACGCUACAUCGUAGUGUCUGCAUAGAUUCACUGCAGAAGAAUAACUUAAGUGUAAACCAGUGAGCUGUCUGCCUUUACCCAUAGCAUCAUGUCUUCAGAGGAAUAGUUUGACUUUCUGGUGGCCUAAUAAUAUACUAAACAGUUGGCUUAGCUUAGCGCUAAUACAGGAAAGGGUAAAACAACCUGCCCAAUUUAAAAAAAACACAAAAAUAUUUAAAGGUUAAUACAUGUUUUGGUUCAUCAAAAAAAUAUAACUAAAUAACUGAACUAAAAUAAAAAUAAGGACCUAUUCAACCACAAGUAUUUUUUUACUGUUCAAGAGUUUUUUAAGAAGUGACAUUGGCAUAAAUCAUUUUGUCCAUUUUCCCAAAAUAUCAAAGGGUUUCUUUAAAUGUAAAAACCUUUGAGAGACCCACAGUGCUGCAAAAGCACCAAACCAGCAUUACAUGUCGUGCCACUCUAAGAUUUAGAAAUGUUUACAUUCAUUAAUGUUUAAUCAAUCAUAUUUUACUUUUUACCCAGUUUUUGUUUCCAUCCUGUUGAUCAACACAUACUGAUGCACAAUGUUGUUGUUGUUUUUUUACCCAUGAUGCAACAGUGCUGGUAAUGGCAGUUAUAUCAUUAAUAUGUCCAUUAACAAGAUAAAUAAUGAAUCUAAACCACUGUAAAUUCCUCUGCUUGCUUUGUGUCGGCUUACAUUAUGGUUUAAUGAUGAUGUGCAUACGCCAUGCUGCGUACUGAGAUUUUCAUGCACUGUAAAUCUGCUCUUGCUGCUCUGCCGUACAUUCAUCAGUGUUCCUGUCGCACAUUUUAUGGGACAUUGCGUUGACUUAUUCAUCUUAUUUAAACAGCUUUCUAUUAUGUUCAGAGGACUUCUAAAUGGACUUUACUGUAUUUUGCCACACUGUGAGGAUAUACUGUAGCUCUGUUCAUAUUCUUACCUCUGUGCCUCAGUUGACUUUCAUCACACGAUAAUGUGUGUUUAUAUAAAAUCAUGUUAAAGUGGUGGUAAAAUUGGUACAGCUCGUGUAAAACCGUUGCUGAUUCUGUGAAAAUGCUUUUGUUUUGUUUUGUUUGCUCUUGGAAAGCUGAUAUAUUGUUGCCAAAAACUCAGUUUGAUCUGUGUAAAAUUUCUGAUUUUUGUUCAAAAGUGCUUUGUAUCGAUCACUACUUACAUUUACUUUCCCACACUCCAGUACCCACAAGACCAGCUAAAUAAUAUGUAAAAGCAAACAUCUGAGCAAAAGUCUGCAUGUCUUUGCAUCUUAUGAUUUACAUGAACUGCAAUGAUCCAACUAAAGAUUCUGAUUUAAAUGA